AUGGGAAAAAAGCAGGAAAACAGAUGCAGGAAUAGCCACUUGAUUGAAGGGGGGAUUGCAGAAUACAGAGAUAAACCACUACCUCAGGGUGCCCCAGGAGGCAUCAUUGGGAUCGUCGGGGGAGCCAUUGCAGCAGCCCUGAUCCUCGGCGUGGCUGUCACUGUCAUUGUCGUCUACAGGCGGCAGCAGAAGCACCGCAGGGAAGCGGCCACUGACCCAAUGGAUUUGCCUCCAUCUCACAAACCUGCCCCUCCACCAAAGAGGAAACAGGAGAUGAAAAGCCACCUGACUGCAGAAGACAUCCAGGUUGUUCACUUAGACAACAUGAAACACGAGGAGGAAAUCCAGAAGCUCCCUCUGCAGACUCCAUACUAUGACAUGGCAGCCACCGAGCCCUCUCCCUAUGCUGACAAACUGAACUUUGGAAAGUGUCACUCAGAGAUAUCGAAUGCGAGUGAUUACCUGACCCGCUGUAACUCACACGAAGAUCGAUAUCUGGAGAAGAUCCCUCAUGUUUAUACCCCCUUGUCAGAUCUCCCACAAGAUCUUUAUCCUCAUCAUUCUGACAUCUCAUUCUGCUGCCCACCUCCCGGGUCCCGGGCUCCUUACAUCUGUCCUAAGGAACAGUAUGUUUAAAGUGUCACCACACCCAAACGAAGAAGCUGAUGUUUUUUCACUUCUCCUGACCCUCUUGCUCAACACUCAAGGCCUUUUAGAUCCACCUUUUGCCACUGUUUAUUUUAUUUAUUGAUUGCAAUUGUAAUUGACAUGAUUAGGUUAAGUACCUGACUGGCUUGCUAAUGCUCAAGGGAACACUCUGCCUUUGCCCAUGUUCAGUAUUUGCAUCUUUCUUCUCUCAUCCUGCCCCUCCUGUACCAAGCUGGCUCUGUGUGUGCAUGUCUGUGUGGGUGACACUGCCCUGUGUCAGAUGGGAUGUGCCCAACCUGAUUAAAUGUCCCCAGGUUUCCUCCUCUGGGUCUCUAACCCUGUUUGCACCAGAGGAGCUGGGGGUGGAUUCUUCACAUCCCUGGUU